UCUAUUAAUCCACCCAAUUGCAAAGCUCAAGGUGUCUACCUAUUGUUACAACUCAUAAAUCAACUCGUUUUUCGCCCUUGUAAACGAAACAAACUGCACAAUCAAGGUUUGAACAAGGAUUCUGGAUACUGCCCGAUCCUUGGCCCCCAAAUACAUCUCCAGACUGUGGAGGCACACAGCAUCUUUGUUACGACAGCACCAGCAGUCCAAAGCUGUUUCCUCACACCAUGUCCACCCUCAAGCGCAAGGCCAAUGGAGCGCUGCUAGCCUCGGAUGCUAAGAAACCCAAGCAGAACGGCAGCAUCACAUCAUUCUUUGGCGCACCCAAGACCACAUCAGCCGGCGGCGCCACCACAUCGAGCAGCUCAAGUUCUACCGCGGCACCAGCAGCCUCAGCACCAGCCCACCCACCGGCUGCCAGUUUCAACAAGCAGAAGUGGGUUGAGAAGCUUACUGAUGAGCAGAGGGAGCUGCUAAAGCUGGAGAUUGACACUUUGGAUGAGAGCUGGCUUGCGUUGCUCAAGGACGAGAUCACUACCAAGGAGUUUCUUGACCUGAAGAGAUUCCUAGACAGGGAAGCGAAUGCAGGCAAGAAAGUGUUUCCACCGAGGGAAGAUGUCUAUUCAUGGUCCCGCCAUACACCCUUCCACACAGUCAAGGUCGUAAUCUUGGGUCAGGAUCCUUACCAUAAUAUCAACCAGGCCCAUGGGCUCGCCUUCUCAGUGCGGCCACCGACCAAGGCACCACCGUCUCUCAAGAACAUGUAUAUCUGCCUCAAGAACGACUACCCAGCCUUCACGCCGCCGCCCAACAACUCGGGCCUGCUGACACCUUGGGCCCAGCGCGGCGUGUUGAUGCUCAACACCUGCCUCACGGUCCGGGCGCACGAGGCCAAUUCGCACGCAAACCGGGGCUGGGAGAAGUUUACGCAAAAGAUUAUCGAGCUCGUGGCGGGCAGACGCAGCAGGGGCGUCGUAUUUAUGGCGUGGGGCAGCCCCGCGGCCAAGAGGGUGAUCAAGGUCGACCAGAAGAAGCACCUAGUACUCAAGGCGGUGCACCCAAGUCCGUUAAGCGCAUCCAGGGGAUUCUUUGAUUGUGGGCACUUCAGGAAAGCCAACGAGUGGUUGGUGCAGAGGUAUGGGGACGGGGAGGAGAUCGACUGGAGCCUGACGGAGGGAGUCAGCCUGUUGCCCAAACCGAAGGUCGAGGUAGCCAAGGCGGCACCGGCUGCAGAUAAGGCCAAGAAAGAUGAGGAGGAGGAGUUCGAUUUUGACGAGGAGGAAGAGCUGGAGGCGCUGGAGGAGCUGCGAAAGAUUGAGGACAACAAGAAGCCUGAGGUUCCAACACCUUUGACUGCGAAGCAAGGCAUUGAGGACAAAGGAGACGAGAAUAAGGAUCCUUCUACGGCUACGGCAUAAUGAUAUCGAGCCUCGAGUACCGAAGCCGGCAGGGGCCUAUGGUCGGAACGGUAUUUACGGGAACCGGCUGAUUUGGCACUGGUUCUCGGUAAUCUUAUUUAUUUUCACGUCACGUUUGUAUGCGAUUUACGGGGAUUGGCGUAGGCAUGGGGUUGUCAAAAUAAAAAGAGUCCGAUAUGCGGCCGCCCCUUUGUGGGAGACUUUGUGAUAUCAGAUCAGAUAUAUGGAAACCCAUAAUUAGA